ACUCCACCCCCCACUCCAUUCCCACCGCGGUUCUUACUGAGGAGUCUUGGAAAUUUGAAGUUACAGUGUGAGUUGCAUUAUAUUUAUGAAGGAAAGGACCGCUUGCGACGGAGGCAGCCAGCAAGGACCUCUUUACGGCAGCCGAGAGGGGCUGUUGUGGAAUAUGUUCCGUGAUCCUGGGCAAAGCGCUGGUACCAUUCCUGGGUUUCUGGGGAUCACCACCUGCAAAACUACAGAGCGCAGAGAUUGGGACCAAGUCUGCCCUCUCCCUGCCUGAUUCCUCUCCACUUCGGGCAGAAAUGCACUCUGUCUGGAAGCGUCUGUCUUUAUCGCAGCCUCUGUAGAAGACCGCAGUUGUCUGCGUCUUGAUUUGCCAUAGCAACAUUGCAAUGUCCAGGAUAUUUAAAAGAUUCUCGGCUCUAGCCUGACUGUUGCUUUCUCUUGAAAUUUACAUAAGACACAUCAUGGAAUAAAUUCUCUUUCCAAGCAUUUGCUUUUCCCUGGGUUUGAAUCUUUUACUCCAGAACAGUCUCGUUUUGGAGAGAGUUUCGCACACAGACUGCAAGAGAAAGCUGAGAGAGGAAGUCCGCGCCAGCUAGCCAGCCUGCCCUGCCUUGGGAGCACAUCUGGAAGAGGUUUCAGGAGCAGCCUCUGGGCACAAGGCUCGGAUUCCCAGCCAGGGAAGGAGGAGUGGAAGAAACCCGAGCCAUUCAAAGUCAACGCAAGCGGAGGUGGGUGUGGACAGCCGAGGCACACUCUCUUGGAAACUGUGUAUUGGCCUCGGGGCUCCCCGGGCCCCUAGGGAUUUCCAAUGGGCUCUUAGAAGCAGCAGGAGCGAAGCUCAGCAGCCCCUGCGAGGCCAGCGGCAAUUUGAACGCUCCGCCCUGCCUGGGUUCUGGACCAAGGAACCCAAAGCCUCCCUCACCAGCCAUCAGUUCACAGGUCCUGGUUGUUAUCCAGGUGGAUACACAUGGCUCUUCUACGAAAAAUUAAUCAGGUGCUGCUCUUCCUUCUGGCCCUGACCCUUUGUGGGAUUCUGUACAAGAAAGUUCAUAAGGGAGCUGUCCUCAAGAACGAAGCAGAUGAUGAUUCCGAGUCCCCCGAGGACAUGGAGGAGGAGAUUCCAGUGGUGAUCUGUGCGGCCGCAGGGAGGAUGGGCGCGGCCAUGGCCGCCAUCAACAGCAUCUACAGCAACACGGAUGCCAACAUUGUGUUCUAUGUGGUUGGACUGCGGAACACUCUGACUCGAAUACGAAAGUGGAUCGAACAUUCUAAACUGAGAGAAAUAAACUUCAGAGUUGUGGAGUUCAACCCUGUAGUCCUCAAGGGGAAGAUCAGACCAGACUCAUCGAGGCCUGAGCUGCUCCAGCCUCUGAACUUCGUUCGAUUUUAUCUCCCUCUGCUUAUCCAUCAACAUGAGAAGGUCAUCUAUUUGGACGAUGAUGUCAUUGUGCAAGGUGACAUCCAGGAACUGUACGACACCACCUUGGCUCUGGGCCAUGCAGCGGCCUUCUCGGAUGACUGUGAUUUGCCCUCCGCUCAAGACAACAACCGAAUCGUGGGGCUGCAGAACACAUACAUGGGCUAUCUGGACUACCGGAAGAAGACCAUUAAGGACCUUGGCAUCAGCCCCAGCACCUGCUCAUUCAAUCCUGGUGUGAUUGUCGCCAACAUGACCGAGUGGAAACAUCAGCGCAUCACCAAGCAGCUGGAAAAAUGGAUGCAAAAGAACGUGGAAGAAAACCUCUACAGCAGCUCCCUGGGAGGAGGAGUGGCUACCUCGCCGAUGCUGAUUGUGUUUCAUGGGAAGUAUUCCACCAUCAACCCUCUGUGGCACAUUCGGCACCUUGGCUGGAACCCUGAUGCAAGAUAUUCGGAGCGUUUUCUGCAGGACGCUAAACUACUCCACUGGAACGGAAGACAUAAGCCCUGGGACUUUCCUAGUGUUCACAACGACUUAUGGGAAAGCUGGUUUGUUCCUGACCCUGCGGGGAUCUUUAAACUCCAUCACAACAGAUGACACACCUCGACACUUCAAGUAUUCCCUGGACAAAAAUGGAAUCACCCUUUGUACCCUCCCCUAGCCCUGUUCUUUAGGAACGGCACCUCGGACACAUAGAUCUACAAUGGAAGAAGCAAAAACUGUGUUACAUGUUCAACCGUGGACCAAAGGCAGACCUAAUUCUUGAAGUUCAAGUGGUAAUGAUGACUGGCCCUUCACCCCCUUCCCCUCUCUUCUUGGUGUUUUGAGACAGGGUCUCACUAUGUACCCCAGGCUGGUCUGGACUUGAAUGACAGUUACAUCAGAAAACUUUAAAAGUCUCUAAUUUUUCACA